AUGGACGGCGGCCUGGACGACGAGUGGGAGGACGCAACCUUCAUCGCCGAGCUGAUCCGCACGGCGGACGAGGCCGUCGCCUCCCGCAACCCGAACCCCACUCCCACCCCCACACCCGCGCCCGCUCCCAUCCCCACGUAUGGCCCCUUCGCCGCCACCCCCGUCUCCUACCUCCCCGCCUCUUCGGCCUCCUACCUCCCCGCCGCUUCGCACCCUUCCCCCCCGCUCCGCGUCUCCCCUCCGCGGGAGCUCUCCCAGCGGCCGCCGCUCCCGCCGCCGACCGCCGCCGUCCGCGGCUUCUCCCCUCCGCGCGAGCUCUCCCAGGCCGGCCGCGGCUUCUCCCCCCCGCGCGAGCUCUCCCAGCGCCAGGCGCCCGAGGAGGGCAGCCUCGCGGCGUCGGGCUCCGCUGGCGACCACCGCUUCGUGGGCACCGGCGUGGGCGCGAAGAGGGACAGGGAAGCGAGGGAGCUCGAGAGGCUCAAGAGGGAGCUGAACCAUGUCUCGAAGCAAAUGAAUGAAUUGAAAAAUGAAUGCACCGAGCUGAGAAAGGACAGAACAAAGAAAGAUCUUCAAAUCAAAGCUAAAGAAGCGGAGAUUCAAAAUCUGAAAAAAGCUAAUGUCUCCAGCAAAGAUGUAUGCAGUGCAGGGAUGGAUAUUGAUCAGUCCUUUCACGCCCCUGCAAAUGGGGCUUUGCAUGCUGGGGGUUCUUGUAGGACAUCCACUAGGCGAACAGACAAUAUGAAUGGCAGAGAUAAGGAUGUCCAUUCCUUGCGAGAUGAUUUGUAUCUAAAGCAAGGGCAACAAACUGAUUUGGCUGAGGCCUUGGAACUGAGGUGUCGCACCAUGAUUGAUAAUGGAAUAAGUACAUCCGGAGUAGUGUCUCUGGAGGAGAAUACCCAUUUUGAACCAAGGAGCAUUACAUGCAAGGAAAUUAAGGCAAUAGGAGUACAGACAGAUAAAACAUCUGACAAUGAACAUCUUGAGUGCAAUAAAGUAUUGGUUGAGCGUAUCUCUAGUAACCUACGUGCAAUGUGGGGCAUGUCACCUAACAGUUUAUCAAGAAGGAAUUUGAUAUCAAAUAUUAUUGUUUCUUGUUCAGAAGAAAUUUUGUCACUUCUCCAAUGUACUAGAUUGUCAGACAACUGUGAACCCUCUUCUGAAGCAAGCUCCUCCAUGAAUGAAGCUAUUUCCCAAGUGUAUGACAUGUUCAUCAAGAUGAAUAGUGGGAAGAUAUCAAUACAAACUUUCCUUGAAGCAUUGCUAAAUCUCUGUGCUUUUGAUACUGCUGCUAUAGUUGGUAGAACUUUGAGGGUAUUGCUCAGAGUUUUGCAGCACUUACUGCAUCAUGGAGCGAUGUCUAGUGGAAGGAACAACGUUUCUGUUGAACCAUAUGUUAACAUACACAUGGAGAACAACCACAAAGACUGUUCCACGUUGCUGAGUCCACUGGAUACAGAAGAUUCAUUGAGACAGCAUAAUAUGUUUCUUCCUUUUACUUUAUGGAGUUCACUUUUCACUGCAAUGCUUCAAAUUGGGGUCAAGUACUCAGAAGAGACAAUUCGUACUGAUGCAUUAUCCAUAAUGAUUCUCAUUAAAGAAAAUGGAUUGCUUGUUAAGAAGCAUUCUGUGCGUCUACUUUUCUUGCUUCUGAAUUGCCCAGUGAUGUUGAAGUUGCUGUGUAGUGGAGGCAAAGAUGGCUCCGAACAGAUGGAAUCGGAAGCUUGUGAAAACAAUAAAUCACAAGAAGUCAUAAGCUCAGUUCUUGCGGAUUUAUCUGAUUGUUUGACUUCUGAGGCAACUUGUUCUCUGGGGAUUGAGCUUUGCCGGCUUGUUAUCAUUCUUCUAGCCUAUAUAGCUUCUAGUGGCAAAUUGGGAUAUGAUGUGCUUUUAGGCCCAGUGAGUGCCCGUGGUGCCAGUUUUUUGGAGAUGAUAAUGGAAGUCCUUGCAUCACAGAUGCAAUAUGAAACACAAGAGUUACUAAAAGAAAGGUGUUUGGUGAUGAGGGAAGCUCUUAUCCUCCUAAACCGGUUGGCAUCACACACUAACUAUUCAAAACCAACUUUGGAAGUGCUGACAAGAAGCAAGAUAUGCGCAAUCUUGACGAUCGACGUUGCAAACCGGUUGCCCCAGACCCGGAUGGCAAAUGAUCUCGCUGAACUAGCACAGAAAUUCAGAUCGCGAGUGUAUGCUUUCCUGGAGGAGAAACCCUUGAUAGUUGAGGGUUCCAAUCUGAGUGCUUCUAACAAGAGCUGA